UGAGCUCUAACGUCUCGAAGCAUUCCAGAUGCUAUCGCCAUAUCGAUUACAGCCUGUAGGUUAAGCAUGAUGUUUAGCUGAUGUAAAAUGUUUAAAUGUUAAUGUAUUGUAUUUAUUCAUUAUUAACUAUUAUUAAUGUUUUAUAUUGUAUAUAUACCUACUGAUUAAUGUUACGAUUUACAUAUUUUAAAAAUAUUUGUCAAAGAAUUUUAUCAUUCGGAAGGUAAUAUUGAAGGUGUUAUAGGUAUGUAUUGAAAAACCAUUUCUCUUUUAUGUGAUUAUCAUUUGUUUUUGCUAGUGAUUAUUCUUAAUCUUCAUUACUAAUGCAAUUUUAUUACCUGUUAUACUUGAGGAAAGGUUUUAUUUUAUAAUUUUUUAAAUAUUUACCUAUUUUAAUCUCUAUUCAUUGUUUAUGUUUACAGUAAUUAACAACACUAAUUAAAUUGGACACAUUUAUCAUGGAAGUUAAUAAAAGUUUUGAAAAUUCUCCACUUAAUUCAAAGUGAGUAAAUGUGUUAACAUUAUAACAAUAACAAUAAUAAUAUUAUGUAAAAAGUCACUAAUUUCAAUGUCUACUCACUCAUCUAAAAAAAAAUAUGACCACUCAGCCACUCUGUCUGUAAACCAUAAAAUAAGAAUUACCAACCAGUUUCCAUGAGAGUCCUUAUGUAAUUUUCAAAGUAUAUUUAUAUAAACCUUAAUGUAAAUACUAGCGUAUUCAGAAAACUUCUUUAAAAACUUUUACAUUUUAUUUGUUUAUUGUACCAUAGGUUAGCAUGUAAUAUUUAAUUUUGUAAUACCAUAAUAAUUUAUGUUAUACUGUUUUUGACAUGAAUUAUCUACUAUUGUUGUUUCAUCCAUAAUGAUUGAAAAAUACUUUGAUUCUUUUAUUUGUUGGAUUGUGUUUGCUAAAUGUUUGUACUAUUACGGGCCGUUUGGACGCAGCCUUUUGACGGGAAGAUGAGCAAGUGUGUAUAAGUCUACAAAUGGUUUUUAUUAAUAUUUUAAAUAACUCUGAUGACAAUUUAUAAUUAUAAGUGAAUGCCAUUGUGACAUCAGACCCAGGUCAAGACUUAUAUGUUGUAUUGUAAGACUUGUAUUUAUCAAUUAUAAGUAUACUAUAGAAAUGAUUGUCGAGAUGAUGGUGCUCCUCCUCGUGCGUUGGCGAUGGUGCAAGUAUACCCUCCGUUGUCCUAGGCUGACUAAAGCUAAUUUGUGGUCCUCCCGGUUGUCUUAUAUAACAUUGUCGCCUUGGUCAGGGCCUAGAUGGUGAUGGACUCCGUUGGCCCAUCAACACAUAUGAUUUGUUAUUGCAUGAGAACAUCGUCAGUUUACCACAUCCGUAUUAAUAGCCUUUACGUGCAUACACUUAAUGUGAAUACCUAUUUCACAUUUAGUUAAGUAUAAUUAUUAAUUUAUAUUUAACAAAUUUAAACACGUGAAGGACAGAGUCCCUAGCAGUACAUACUGAGACAAUAAACCUGCCGAUUAAUUUUAUAUUUUGUAUGAUAACCAUUUAUAUGUUAUGUGUGAACCAAUAAUUUGAUCUUAGUUUAAAUAGUUGAUUAAUCUUUGAGUUAUCGUUUGUAUGAUCUCGAAUAAACUUCGGCACUGAUGUUUUCAAUGCUUACGCUUUGGCAACUCCAAUUCAGCGAUAAAAACAAAAUAAUUGCUAAUGUGAUAGUUUCAUUUGUUGAUCAUUUCAGUAUAUUAUGUAAUUUAUAGUCAAAUAUUUAUAUUAUAUUUAUACGAGUAUUAUUAAUAAUAACAAAUUUCUAAAAAAAUAUUAGUAAAACAAAAAUUAUUUUUUUUAUAAAUAAAUUUUCAACGGAUUAACAAUUAAUAAAAUUAUAUUCCAAGUAUGUUUUUAUAAAAAAAAAUGUAUACCAACAACAGUAUAUAUAUUUUUUUUAAUAUUCUAUUACCACUAUCUGCUCAACUAUAAUAAUACAUAAUAUUCACUAUACUAUCAUUAAGCAUGCUCACUUCAUUUUUAAGGGAAAUUAUGCAUGGUUGCAAAUUUUGAUUUUUAGGCAUUAUUAAAUGCAAUUAAAUUUGAUACUUUUAUAUAAGUAAUUAGAUUUUUCAGAACAUCAACAGAAAAAGUAUCAAUUGACGAUACCAAUUUUGAUUUUUUAAAUUAGAACAUUUAUAAAAAAAAAUACUUAAAUGGAUGAAGUAAUAGUUAAAAUAUAUUUUGGUUUUGAAUUUUUAAUUUUCGUCAAUUUGUUCCCGAGAUAUUCCAUUUCUAAUUUAUAAAUAAUUUCAAAAAUUUACUAAUAGAUUCAUUUAUUCAUUUAUUAUACUUUUAGAUCAAUUAAAGAAGAAAUAAUGGAUGGUGAGACAUCUUACAAUCUUUAUUAUGAAGAUAAAUCGAUGCAAAUAAAGUGAGUAUUAUGUAAUUUAAUGUCUUAUUGCUCAUGUAUUUUUUAAGUUUAACUUUUUUAAUCUUUUCCUGCAUAAUAAACUGUUUACUUUUGUUUCUUCUUCCAUAGGGAUCUAAAAAUUUAAAGUUAAGUUUGGUAGUUUUAUUCUGAUAUACGAAUAUAUUUAUUCAUAUUUAUUUAUAUACGUGUAUAUUUUUUUUAUUCUCAGUGUAGUGAAUAAAAACACUAUUGGUUGAUAAAAAAUCAGAAUAUCUAGUACGGAUUGGUUCACGGUAUACCUUAAAAUAUAUGGUUUUUUUGUUUGAUAGUACUUUAUUUGAAAACAUUUUCUUUUUGUUUUUUAUAAACUUUUACGAUUACAUAAUUUUUUUGUCUUUUGAUUUUGUUGUAAUCAUUCAUCUUGUUAUUUGGUUAUAAUUAAUAAUUAUACCAUUCAUUCUUCAUAUAUACUAUAAUAGAGAGCCUAUAAAAGAAACAAUAUUUUCAAAAUGUCUUAGUAAUUUAUUUUAUAAAUCAUCUAUUCACUAAAUAAAUUUAAACAUUUCCUACUAGACGUAUUGAUUUAUUUCUUCUACUUUUAGAUCAAUUAAAGAAGAAAUUAAUGAUGGCACAACAACUUACAAACCUUAUUAUAAAGAUAAAUCAGAGCAAAUAGAGUGAGUAUUAUGCAAUUUAAUAUUUUAAUUUAAUGUUUAAGUAUCACUUUAAAUUCAGAGUGAAGUGUGAGAUUUAUUGGUUUUACUGUUUUUUUUUUUUUUGCCGGAAAACAACUUUUUGAACAAAAUCUACUGCAUUAAAGAGGUCAUUUUUUUAAAAUUCCAAGGGGUUUUCAAAAUAAUUAAUGUAUUCCAUUUUGUCAAUUUUCUUAAGAUUUAUUGCUGUAUCCUAUAUUCUAUUUUGAAUUUAUUGAAUUCCCAUUUACAACAGUAACAUACAUAUUUGCUCAGUCUGUUUGUUGUAUUUUAUAGCAACUACCUGAUUUAUGUAAUACAUUAUAAUACACAAUAUUAUUUUAAUUGCAUCAGCUGUAGGGGUUAAAAUAUCUAACAAUCCCAAUUAAUAUGGUUAUAAUAUUACUGAUACUGAUACUGGUACUCAAGCUAUAUUUAGAAUAUAUUUUAUUGUUUUGUACAAACUUCUUAUUUGUUUUUAAUGUAUUAGUGAUUAUAAUGAUCAUUAUAUUUUUCAGAUUAACAUACAACUCUAAACAAGUAGGUGAAGAAAUAAAUGUCCACAUUAAAAAAGAAGUAGACAUCAUUGAUGGUUAUGUUUAUGAGAGUCAAAUUGUUAUUGAAAACGAUCCAAUGGAAACUAUUUUGUAUCAAGAGUCACAAUUUAAAGAAAAAUAUUUUAAAUGCUCUAAUUGUGGUAACUUGUUUUUUUCAAAAUCAAGUUUAGUACAGCAUCUAAAAACUCACAGUAAGAAAAAAUUAUACCCAUGUAAAGUAUGUGGUAAAUCAUAUAAUUCCUUGUCUGUUUUACAAAAACACACAACAAUAGUUCAUAGUGAUGUAAAACUUCACGAAUGUCACAUCUGUAAGAAGAAAUUUACCAAAACAAUACAUUUAAAAUCUCAUUUAAGAAGAAUUCACACAGAAGAAAAGCCUUAUAAAUGUGAUUUCUGUAAGAUGGCAUUUACUCUGUCAUCCCAUUUAAAAACUCAUUUAAAAAUUCAUACUGGAGAAAAGCCGUUUAAAUGUGACAAUUGUGAAAAGACAUUUACUCAUAAUUAUCAUUUAAAAGCCCAUUUAAGAGUUCAUACUGGAGAAAAGCCUUUUAAAUGUGAAACAUGUAAAAAGACAUUUACUGUCUUACACUAUUUGAAAAGUCAUGAAAAGGUUCAUACUGGAGAAAAACCUUAUAAAUGUAAUGUUUGUGAAAUGACAUUUUCUCACAAAUGCGCUUUAAACUGCCAUAUUAGAAUUCAUACUGAAGACAAGCCUUAUAAAUGUGAUAUUUGUAAAAAAACAUUUAGUGUAAAAAGCAAUUUAAACGUCCAUAAAAGAACUCAUACGGGAGAAAAGCCGUAUGAAUGUAAUUCAUGUAAAAAGACAUUUUCUCAGUUGUCUAACUUAAAUAAUCAUUUAAAAACUCACGAAAAAAAAGUAUUAUGAAUGUAAUGUCAUUUUCAAUAAAGGACAAUUUAAACCAACAUAAAUUAACUUGUACUGGGAAAAAGUCAACAGAAUGUAAGAUGUGUAAGUUGGUAACUUCACAGUGGGAAUCAUACCAAUGCACAAUGAGCCAGAAUUAGUUUAUAAUGGAACAAAAGUAUUUUUUGUCCGAGCUUAUCUUUGAAAUGGCUGAACCAAUUUCUAUUGGACUUUCACUGUAAAAUAGAGUAUUUUCCCGAGCAUAAUAUAUAGUAUCUUUUAUCCCAAAAUGUAAUCUAAUAUAAACAAAAAAUAAGACUGAUACAUUUUUUAGAGUGAAAUAUAAUUAGUGAAUUAUGAUUUAUUUGAUAUAUAUUGAUAACUUCCCUUAGGCAGACAAUUUUUUUUUUUUUUAAAUAUAAUCCACUAAUGUAAUUACAUAUUUAAGUUAAAUUUGAAACCCCAGUGUGCACGAAUUGGGAGUACUGGUCAAAGUGUAAAUGAAGCUGUGUGCCAAGUUCAAAUAGACAGGUAAUGUGGUUUACCGGCAAUUUAGCAAAAAUCACAUGUUUUUCACAUGUAGUAUCUACAUAUAGAUAAAUGUGCAACGAAUAUCCUAAUUUAAAAUAUGCAUUAGUAAUGAAAUAUUUUGCAGGUUCAUUUUAAACUUGGGUAUUUAUAUGUAGAUAUUUGGAAGAUAUUUUCUGUGUUUCAUAUUAAUAUCACUAGUAUAAUCUUUAUUAGAACUUUUUAACCAGAAAUUGGUAUAAUUUUGUAUAAGUUGUUAGUUAUUUGGCAAACUUUUUACUUGGAGUGUAUAUAUAUGUCGG